AUGGAUUCCUCAAGAAUUUCCCUUCGUCCAUUUAAGCUCUCAGAUGCAGAUGACUUCUUGAAAUGGGUCAGUGAUGAUAGAGUCACGCGCUACCUUAGGUGGAACACCAUAACAUCUAAAGAAGAAGCCUUGACAUACAUUGAGAAGGUUGCUAUACCUCAUCCAUGGCGGUGGACAAUAUGUUUGGAUGACCAUUCGAUCGGCUAUGUCUCAGUCAAGCCAGAAUCUGGUGACGACAAAUGCAGGGCACACCUUAGCUAUGCUGUGGGAGAAGACUACUGGGGCCAAUGUAUUGUGACAAUGGCACUAAAGAUGGCCAUCUCUUUGGUGUUUAAUGAGUUCCAUGAUUUGGUAAGGCUUGAGGCUUUAGUUGAAGUUGAAAAUAGUGCUUCCCAAAGGGUACUAGAGAAGGUUGGGUUUCAAAAAGAAGGGAUGUUGAGGAAGUAUGGCUACUGUAAAGGUCAAAUCAGACACAUGUUUAUCUAUAGCUUCUUAUCAACAGAUAAGAUUCUGUGAUUUUGUUUAUAUGGUUUAAAUGACAGUGGUAGUAGCAAGAUAAAGCUAAUAUAUAUUUUUAUGUAUUUCCAUCUUUGUGAUCUUAUAAAGAACCAUUUUUGUGGCUUUAAAACCAAAAUCCAAGUCCCUUGC